GCGACUUGAAAUACGUGCGGCAUGCUGCUGAGACUGCAAUCUCAAUGACACAAACCAUGUUCGCCUUUGCUCUAGUGGCAGGUUCCCUCUGGAUCAUACUAGAAAAGAUGAUGCUUAUCCAGUAAGAUGUCCAGUCUGGAGCAAGGCCAAAGAAACUGAGCACUACACUGAUUGACAGGAUGCAGGUGCAGGAGCUGGUGCUUAGCGGGUGGUUAACGGAAUUGGAAAAGCUGUGUCAUCUCAUCUGUUCAUCACCCACUGCUGUGCUGUUUGGGCUUGGUGCUCUGACUGCCAUUUUAACCUAUUGGCUAACAACACACCCUCAUGCCAUCGUGCCUCCAUGUGACAUUCUCCACCAAUCUGAAGAAAUUGAGGGCGGUGGCCAUAGAUCAAUGUUGGUUGACGAGCCAUUUACACGAUAUUAUGAAGACACCAAAACCUUGUAUGAGGCAUUCCAGAGGGGACUGCAUAUAACUGGUGAUGGACCGUUCUUAGGGUCUCGCCUCCCCAAUCAACCUUACGAAUGGCUUUCUUAUCGAGAGGUCGUGACUCGGGCAGAGCACCUGGGCUCAGGUCUACUUUCUCAGGGUUGCCAUCCCAAUUCCAAGCAGUUUAUUGGAGUUUUUGCACAAAACAGGCCAGAGUGGAUAAUCUCAGAGCUGGCUUGUUACACUUAUUCCAUGGUGGUGGUACCACUUUAUGAUACACUUGGGCCUGAUGCAAUUCGAUACAUAAUAAACACUGCAGAAUUAUCUACAGUGAUCUGUGAUAAACCUGAAAAGGCCAAGGUGCUUUUACAUAAUGUAGAGAGACAGAGGACGCUGACCCUGAAGAAGGUUUUGCUUAUGGAUCCAUUUGACAUAGAACUUGUGGAGCAGGGCAAGAAGUGUGGUGUUCACAUCCAAGCCCUAAACGAUGUUGAGGCCUUGGGGCAAGAACAUUACAGAAAACCAGUGCCACCUCGUUCAGAAGACCUUUCAAUAAUCUGCUUCACCAGUGGCACAACAGGAAAUCCAAAGGGUGUAAUGCUUACACAUGGAAACAUUGUUGCUGAUUUUUCUGGCUUUCUGAAAGCAACGGACAAAGUCAUAUCUCCAAAUCAAGAAGAUGUUCUCAUUUCUUUCUUGCCUCUUGCACACAUGUUUGAGCGGCUCAUUGAGGCAGUGGUAUACUGUCACGGGGGCAGGAUUGGCUUUUUUCAGGGUGAUAUUCGUCUCCUUUCUGAUGACAUGAAGGUCCUGCGCCCUACUGUCUUCCCUGUGGUGCCUCGGCUUCUUAACCGCAUGUAUGAUAAGAUAUUUACUCAGGCCAAUACCCCUGUGAAGCGUUGGCUCCUUACUUUUGCUGCAAAGAAAAAAGGAGAAGAGGUCAGCUGUGGGAUCAUCCGCAAUGACAGCAUUUGGGAUAAGAUCUUUUUCAGCAAAAUUCAGGCCAGUUUAGGUGGGAAGCUUCGCAUGGUUAUAACAGGUGCUGCUCCCACUUCUCCUACUGUACUCAGUUUCUUGAGAGCAGCUCUGGGCUGUCAGGUAUAUGAAGCAUAUGGACAGACAGAGUGCACGGCCGGCUGUACCUUCACCACCCCUGGAGACUGGACCUCAGGUCAUGUGGGUGCACCACUACCAUGCAACCUCAUUAAACUUGUGGAUGUGCCAGAAAAGAACUACUUUACUUCAAAAGGAAAGGGGGAGGUUUGUGUCAAAGGCCCAAAUGUCUUUAAGGGCUAUCUGAAGGAUCCAGUUAUGACAGCAGAGACACUGGAUUCCGAGGGCUGGCUUCACACAGGAGACAUUGGACAAUGGUUAUCGAAUGGCACAUUAAAGAUCAUAGACAGGAAGAAGCACAUAUUUAAGCUUGCACAAGGGGAAUAUAUUUCUCCUGAGAAGAUAGAGAACAUCUAUAUUCGCAGUGAGCCUGUGUCUCAGCUCUAUGUUCAUGGAGACAGCCUGCAGUCUUGUCUGGUUGGGAUUGUUGUUCCAGACCCUGAAGUGAUGCCCUCCUGGGCCCAGAAACAGGGCAUUGAUGGAUGCUAUGAUGACUUGUGUAAAAAUGUGGAACUAAAGAAAGCCAUCUUGGAUGACUUGGUGUGUUUAGGCAAAGCCGGUGGCCUCCAUUCAUUUGAGCAAGUAAAAGAUAUCUACAUUCAUAAUGAGAUGUUCUCCAUAGAAAAUGGAUUGCUGACCCCCACAUUUAAAGCUAAGAGGCCAAAACUUAAAGAAUAUUUCAAACAGCAGAUAGAACAUCUCUAUGACAACAUCAAAAUGUAAAAUUCUCUGUUGCUAAAUGAGGAUUGAGGACUCUUUUUUUAAAUUAUUCAAUUAUUUUUCAUUUAUCAUUACAUUUGUCAUUGAAUUACAAUUAAACUACAAAAAGCAUGCAAACAAGCCAUGCAUGUUGAGAAGAUGGAGUGCAGUGUCAGUCUAGAAGUGUAGAUCAAGUGUAGACCUCAGAAGGCCAUGAUUAUCAACAGUUGGUGUGCCUUUGUUAAAGUAAUAUAAUUAAACCAAGUUUUCCCCUUCAAAAAGUCAAACUAGCAUGCAUACAUCCUUCCUUAAUCAUGAGUAACUGAGCAAUAUGACUCUCAUUGGUCUAUUCAUUUAAUUUUAUUAUGGGUCCAACUGGGCACAAAAAGUUAUUUUUGAACAAACAACAAUGCAUGAUGUGUUAGAUAAGUCCUUUCUUGGUUGAGGUUUUGCAAAUAAAAAGACACACAAACUUACACUUGGCCUAAAUAUGGGGAAUGAAAUGCAGCAAUAUUAGAUAUUUACUUUCUAAAUUUUUUUUUUUUUUAAAUGAGCAUGCCAUGGACCUAGAUAUUUGGACAUGGUAGUAUUUUUGGGAUUUAUUCUAAUUAUAAUUAUAAUAAACUUUUUUGUGUAUAGUGAAAAAGAAAUACGUGAAAUACUUAACUACUUGUUUCAGUACUAUGGUAUGAAUUGGGACUAGCAUCAGAACCAUGAUAUGGAUGGGCAAAAUAAAAGAAUGUUUAUUCAAUCCA